AUGAAAGUUGGUAUCAUUGGUUCUGGUAUUAUUGGUCUAUCAACAGCAUUCUUAAUUAAAGAAAAUUAUUCCAAUGUAGAAAUUCUUAUACAAUCUGAUAAGAAAAAUGUUAUGGUUACUAGUUAUGGUGCAGCUGGUAUAUUUAGACCAGAUCCUAAAUUAUUACCAGGAUCAGAAUAUGAUCAGGAUCAAUUCAAUGAUUUUAUUCGUUGGUGUAAUGCUGGACGUGAACAAUAUUGGAAAUUAGCAACUAGUUGGAAUUCAUCGAAUACUGGUGUAUACUUUCAUCCAACUUAUCAAUUAUCAGAAUAUAAUGAAUUUGAUAGACCAUUUAUAAGUAAAUUAUGUGGAAAAACUGUAUUUUUAGAUGAAGAAGAGAUUCAGUCUAUUGGAUUUGCUAAGCAUAUUAAAUCAGCUUAUUAUUAUACAACAUGUAUUGUAGAACCACGUUAUUAUAUGAAUUACUUAUUGAAUGAACUUAAAAAUUUAAUUCCAAAUGAUCAAUCUAUUUAUAGUGAAAGAGAGCAAGCGUUUACUUCUUCAAAUGAAUUAUAUUAUUGGGCUAAAGAACAAAAAAUCAAUAUAAUUAUUAAUUGUACUGGAUUAGGAUCAGGUCAAUUAGUACGUGUUCUAGCACCAUGGAUGAAAUUUGGAUUCUAUUUCGGGCGCGAUGAUACAUAUUGUUAUACAGGAAAAGAGAGUGUAAUUCUUGGAGGAUUUCGUGAACAUUUACCUCCAGUUUUAAAAAGACCUACAACAGAUGAUGAUAUAAGAGUAUCACCUGAAUCUACAAAAGAUAUUCUUCAAAGAAUUGACAACACUUGGCAUGGAGGACUAGGCAAAUCACCAAUAGUUGAAGAAUGGACAGGAUUACGACCAUUCAGACCAUCUAUAAGAUUAGAAAUUGAAUGGUAUCAACCUGAAAUUACCUGUGAACCUUUACCAAUUAUACAUAAUUAUGGACAUGGUUCAAUGGGUGUUGCAUUAAGUUGGGGUACUGCAAUAGAUACUCUGAAACUUUUUGAAGAUCUCAGUGUUAAAGUAACUCAAGGCAAUUGUCCUGUCACUAGUGAUAAGCUGUCCUCUGAAGGCUGGGAAUUUUCUGGGUCUCAAAUCUUUUUCCAGGAUAUCGCUAAAAUACGUAUGUCUACUCAAGUGUGGGCUAGUCCAAAGGUCGAGCGUCGAUGCAAAGCUGAGGCUCAGAUCAGGUCACUAAACAACGCUUACAAAUGGCUUUCAGUUGAUGUGCUGGUGGGAAUGUGUGUACUUAUAGAAUUUUAUGUUCAACCAAUUUUCCGUCUGUUCUCGUUCCCUUUGGGAUGGAUGUCUUCUUAUGAAAAGUUAAUAUUAUCAUCUUUUACUCUCCUCAUUGCCUGCAUUUCAUACCAUGUAUUCGUGAUAAUAAGUUCAGCGUUAAUCCGAAGAAUGGACGCAGGUAAUUCUCACAGUCAGUCAGCUUUAAGAUUUCACUCAUCACCUUUAAACAAGUCACUCGUUGGUCCUUCUAUGUUCUGCUCCAGUUUAUUGAAGAACAGCUUAGACAUCAGUUCUUGUGGAGCUACCUUUGGAAACUCAUCAUAUGAAAUCACCAGUGGAUCUCCUGUUAGAUCUGCAGUUCCCUAUGUAGAUGUUGGUAUUCCACAGUCUGUAAAUGAAAAUCAACCUAUUUGGAAACAAUCAACAAUUGGUACGGUGUCACCACAGCAUAAUCAGUCCCAUAGUAAUUUAUCACAGCCACACUGUGGAUCUUUCCGGGUUUCGGGAAGUCCGGGUGUUCAAGAAAAUCUUUCUCUUUUGGAUUUGGCCCUCAGUCCAAUUGUGAAUUCUGGACUUGGCUCGGUGCUGCCACCUUUUAGUAGCGGAGAGGCUCCUGGACAGAGUUCAGGGAACAUGCGUCGUUCUGUCACUUGGUCUUCUCCAUUUUUAACAUCAGGGACAUCCCCACGAUACCAAUAUCAGGCUGCUUAUAUUCAACCUACUAAUCCUUGCCAGCAAUACUUGAAUGAUUCACAAAAAUCUUUAUCUGGACCAGCCUUUAUUCCAAACAGUAUAACUCCCGAUUCUGGGAAAAGUGAUCGUGAAAUUAACGAACGAUCUGAAGAUGAGUAUUGGAUUGAAAAUCAAGUUAGUAAAAGCGAUUUAGAUCGUUGGACUCUAAAUCUUCGAAAGUGGCUUCAUGGUACAAUCAUUCGACGUAUUGUCAAUGAAAUUGACACAAUUAAUCGAAAUCUUGAAGAAGCUGGUGGCGAUAAAACUCUUAUUGGAUCCACUAGUUUAGCUACCCUUCAACAAUUCUCCUCUCUUAAAUAUCAAUACUUACCAACACUUCCAGUAUUGUUGGCAUUUUUAGAUUUUAUGAAAGAUCAAGGAUAUUUGGUUAAUCGAUUACAUGAAUUAGCUAGAGAAAGCUGUCUUCAAGAGUUUCGUUGGGAUUCUGGAUCAAAAAGUACUGAAUGGCCAUGGAAAGAACAUUUACCAUCUGAUAGUAUUAUUCUGUUACAUUUGUUUGCUACUUAUAUGGAUACACGUAUGCCACCGCAUCCCAAAUGUUUAUCUGGUCGUGUGUUCAGUCAAUUGAAUGUUGUUCGACUUCCAGAUAAGCCUGAUUUGAAAAGUAAACAUAAUUGUCAAUUUUAUCAAGUUGCUGUACAACCACCUCAAUUUAAAUUAGUAUUAAAUGGAAGAAUCUACAAUUUUAUAUCAGGUCAAAAAAAUAUCUACCAUGCUAUUUUAUUAUUCUUUCAUUAUUAUGUAACAAGGAAUGGAAAGUUCAGAUCUGUUUCACUUGGUCCAUCAGGUUUAAAUGUUGCAUGGAUAUUUUCUAAAAAUUGA